AUGAACUCCAAACACAGAAGCUCAGAAGGCUGUUGGACCUGCCGCCUGCGCCGCAAGAAGUGCGACGAGGGCCGGCCGGUCUGCGCCGGGUGCGCCGCCCUCGAGAUUCACUGCCUCUACAGCGACGCCAAGCCCGAGUGGAUGGACAACGGCGACCGGCAGAAGGAGCGCGCCGACAAGCUCAAGGCCGAGGUCAAGCGCAGGGCCGCCCAGCGCCGCGAGAGGCGCUACUACCAGAGCAUCGGCAACGGCACCGAGGACAUCGAGAUGAUCACCGACUCGGACGGCGAGCAGCACGUCUCCGCCCGCCCUGCCCUUGCCGCUUCUGCCUCUGCCUCUGUCUCUACCUCCACCUCCACCUCCGCUACCCACGGCAGGGCCACCAGCGAGGCCAGCGAGGCCAGGACCUCCACCACGGCCGCCGGCUUCGUCACCGACGACUCCGGGCCCGAGUCCGGGUACACCCUGGUCACGGCGUCCGAGGCCUCCUUCUCGGGCGCCACUCCCGUCUCGUCCAACGGUGGCUACCACUCAGGCCAGACGAAACCCAGCCCCGCCUCGACCUCGGUGAGCCAGGAGAAGGACACCGAGUGGGCGCUCCCAAAGGCGUCUCUGGCCCCUCCCAGCCUCGAGCGGGAAUGGGACACGAGCUUCAUCAUGAUGUACCUCGACUACGUCUUCCCCUUUCUCUACCCCUUCUACCGCCCCACCCUCCUGAGCAACGGCCGCGGCUGGCUGCUGGUCCUCCUCAUGAACAGCAGGGCGCUCUUCCACUCGUCCCUCAGCCUGACGUCCUUCUUCUUCUCCAUGGCCAUGCGCAGCGACACGGACGCGGAGCACACGCACUGCCAGGUCGCCGUCGGCACGGAGCUGCAGAAGCAGCAGGAGCUGUCGCUGCGCGAGCUCCACUCGGCCGUCCAGGACAUCAACCGCCGCGGCAUCAGGGGCCACCUGGCCGAGAGCGCGCGCGUCAUGGCCAGCGUGAUCCAGCUGCUCGUCUUCGAGGUCACCAUCGCCGCCGGCGGCACGAGCAACAACUGGACGAUGCACCUCGACGCCGCCAUCAUGCUCUGCGACCAGCUCGUGCGCCAGAACUCGACCAUCGACGAGCCAGACCCGGGCCCCUCGUGGUGCCAGAUCAUGGGCCAGCUGUCGGACCACGGCAGCCUCGUGCCGCACAUCGCCUACAAGGUGCCCUUCAACUCGGACCAGUCGGCCCUGCGCUUCUACACGGCCGUCCUGCUGCACAUGGACGUCGUCUCGAGCACGGCGCUCGACCGCCCGCCGCGCCUCGCCAAGUUCCACGCCCACCUGCUGACUGAGACCGAGCCCGGCUGCGGCGACCCGCGCCUGCGCCUCGACGAGUUCGUCGGCGUCGAGAACUGGGUCGUCCUGGCGCUCGGCCAGAUCUCGGCCCUGGCCGCCUGGAAGCGCGACAUGGCCGCCCAGCGCCGCCUCUCGCUGCUCGAGCUCGUCGGCCGCGCCGCCCCCAUCGAGCGCGAGCUGCGCGCCCGCCUCGCCUACGCCGCGCAGCAGUCGGCCGCCGACCUGGCCGCCGAGUCCCUGGCGCGGACCUCGCUGUCCGCGGGGCCGGGCUUCCCCUUCACGCCCGCCGCGGGCCUGCCGCAGCAGCGCAUGCCGCCCGUGUCCAGCAUCAGCCGCAUCUGGGGCCAGGCCGCGCUGACGUACCUCCUCGUCGUCAUCUCCGGCUGGCAGCCGCAGGCCGCCGACGUGCGCGAGAGCGUGGGCCAGGCCCGCAGCCUGCUGCAGGAGAUCCCCUCGCCGCACUGCCUGCGCACCGUCGCGUGGCCGCUCUGCGUCGUGGGCUGCCUGGCGACCCGGGAGGAGGAGGGCGCGUUCCGGGACCUCGUGGCCGCCGUGGGCAGGCUCGACGUGUACGGCCUGCUGAGGGAGGCGCUGGCCAUCAUGGAGGCCGUGUGGGCCCGGAGGGACGAGAUCGAGGCCCAGGGCGGGGGCGGCGCCGACUGGGACUUUGUCAAGUGCUUCAAUGUCCUCGGGCGCAAGGUGCUCAUGGUGUGA